GCGACGCGUCGCGCUAGUGCUAGUGCGCGCAGCGGGCCAAUAUCGUGAAGAUCAGUCAAGAUGGAGGGUGCUCGGGGCUGAUCGCUCGCGGUAUGGAUUUUGCCGCGUGAUUCGUGCUUGGCGCCGCGGGUUUCCGUCCCGUAGAGGAAAACAAGCGGCACGUCGCGCGGUGCCGUCGGACGUUUGUGCGACGGGUGGCCACAGAUGGUGUCGCGCCACUGCGAUUAGUGCAACUGCACCGUGCGAUCGCACGCGGUAAUGAGAAAGGCGAAAUCACGAAGCGGCGCGGUAACGGAGCCAGUCCUCCACAAUGGUGGAUAACAGUUGCAUUAUCGAGGGAAACGUCAAGUUCCGCGACGGCAAGAAGUGGAAAUCAAGAUGGUGCGUUAUGCGAAAAUUAUCACCAGUAGCAGAUGUUCCUUUUAUUUUGAUAGAUUGUUUGCAUUUACAACUCUAUGGGGAUAGUAAAGACCGUUACAAGCAGGGCCAAACGAAAGCGUCUCUGAGUCUGCAACAUUUUCUCGGAGUGGAGAGCGGCUUUACUCUCGAUAAAGAAUCUAACACGAUCGCUAUAAUUUGCCAAGACGUGACAGUCGUUCUCGCGUUCGACACACGGGAGCGAUUGAUACAGUGGCAAGUGAAGAUCUCGAACAACUUGGGCGAAGAUCAGCAAUUCCUGAUACUCAUUUCCUCGGUACCUUCAAAGGCGAAGUUUACUAAUGGACCGGCGCACUUACACAUCCAAGAUCGUCGGUUCUGCAUCACCAUCGGCGUGCCUCCCCGGCUCGUCGGUAUCUGGGAGAUCGCGCAUCUCCGACGAUAUGGCGUGGUCGAGGGCCGAUUCUGCUUCGAGGGCGGCUCCAGGUGCGGUCGGGGCGAGGGACUGCACGUUCUCAUCACAGAUCAGGGAGACGAUAUAGUCAAAACGCUGCAGUUGGCGGCUGAGGGGAAGCUCACCACGAAGAAGCGAUCGCCACUUGGGAGGGAGCCGUCGACGACACAAGACAGUCCACGGCGCCAGUGUUCUCGCACCGAUACCAGGGCCAGCGAUUUCUUCUCCUCAGCCGUGUAUUCGACAUCGACGUAUGAAGAGCAAUGCGACAGCUGCAAGAACGAAAGUUCGCCGUAUUGGUCCUCGGCGGAGAGCAGACAACAGGCGGAGCUCGAUGGUGAUUACAGUCUUAGGGAUGCAAUGUCCGUCUCGGAGUUGCCCGAUCAACAACCUGGCGGUGAGUGGCGUAGCUGUUCACUCACUCGUCAAGGCGCGACCGGUCUUGAGAGAUGCGCCAGUUGCAUCAGCAAGCUCGGUACGGUCUCGAAAUCAUCGACUGUGAUCACCACGGCCACUAUGAGCGGCAUAAGCAGCCCCGCCGGCACGUUAAACAACUUGGGAUGCAACUUGCAGCCCCGUACAUUCGACCGACUUUCGCUGUCCUCCUACAGCAGCAGCAGCCAUGACAGCGACUACUCCGGUUCGCAGCAGAUCGAGUGCCAGUGUGCGCAGUCGAAAGCCGCCCAGCCUCAGACAACACAGGUACCGACAACGCAGGCUCAUCGAGUAUCACCGAGCCCGAGCGCACUGCCACCGAGACCACCGAAACCGUCCCAACCUCCGUCGAUGCCUGCAACCAGCCAGCCCGUCACUGCCAAGAAGCCUAAGAAACCACCAAUGCCACUGCCAAUCGAUCAACAGACAUGCGUUCACGCACAUAAUCUUCAACAGUCGCAGCAAGCUCGACAGCCUCAGAAACAAUCGCCGCAACAGUCUCAGCAGCUCGUGACUCGUGGCACCGCGGGACCAUACGAGAACUACGACAUUCCAAAAACGAUCUUGGGGCAUCACAUGCUGCUGGAGCAAGGUCCGCAACCGGAACAGUAUUACGAUACGCCACGGAAGAUAAAGGAGUGCCUGACACUGCCGAAAACUUAUCCCAAUUAUGACACGCCUCAGGUACCGCAGGCUGUGGUCCUGCAAGGAUGUGGAUGUCCCGCGAAACUCACAGUCCAGUCGCCUAGGUCCUCGGGAUGCCCCUGCCACAACGUUAUGAGUUGGGCCGGCUUUGUCCUUCCAUACUGCCGACGAGGCGCAGGAAUUGAGCCUACCGGCGUCACGGUGCAUCCCGUGAAGCUCUCGGGCGAGGGCAAGAUGCCGGUAGUGAAUGCCAGCGGUGAGGUCGCCAUCUACGCAACCGCCAGACGGAUAAACAAGAAUGCACCGGUCGAAGGAGCUACCGCGGAGAGCUGCGGCUGUACCACCGCAAGCAAAUCGAGCAAUUACGAGAACGUCGAGCCAGUGAUAGACACGCAGCCGGAACCGAAGCAGGCGAAUUACGUGAACAUCGAUUUCACGCAGUCUCUCGAGCACUAUGAGAACAGCAAGGACGUCCUCACGAAGAGUAGCAUCUCGCAGGAGGAGAUCAAGAAGUUCGCGGAUCAGUUGAAGGAACCGGCGCCCGAGGCGCCGAAUGAGAACGCCUCGAAGGUCUGCGAGAAGUGCGGCCACGCGAGGGAGAGGAAGGAUGAUUAUCUGGUCAUGGAUCCAGACAAGCAGACCCCGAAAAAACCGUUUCCUGGUUACCUGCCGAUGCAGCCGGCUCACAACUGCUCGAAGGAGAUCUUGUCCAGGCUUUGCAGCGGCAUCAAAAGCUCCAGCAAUCCGACGUUGUCCGGAUCCACAUUGCUCGAGAGCAGUAAGAAGCGAUCCGACUCGGAAUACCGCGUGCCGGGAUCGGCGAUGCUGUCUAGUCCAUACUUCAGACGUCGUUACUUGGACGCGGGCAAUGCCAUGGAGUCCGGCAGUAGCCUAGGCAUGCUGCUCAGAAAACGGUCCUACUCCGCGGAGUCCGCGCAUUACCUGGACGACGAGAGUCACACGUUUCCGUCCACGCUUACCAUCCACAAGUGUUCGAGUGAAGCAGACAAGAAUUCUCUGAUAACCGGUGAAACGCGCAACACGUGUGUGAACCCCGAGGCCAGCAAGAUCGCCAGCAGUCACGAGAACGGGCAAAUUCCGGCGAUCGCGUCCCAGCCGUCGUUCAUCAAGAUCCGCAGAUCGUCGUCCGUGCCAUCCAAAACCGGCCACAACAGGGAUUCGUCGAGCAGCAACGAUUCCGGCGUGUCUAUCGGCUCUUUGAGUCAUCGAACCACGGAAUUCGUGGAAUUCGAGUUGUCGUUGGCGACGCCCACCGCUUCGACGAUAAAGCAGAACGUGCUGUCGGUGUGUCGCAAGAGCCCGCCGCCCACACAGUGCUAUCACAGUAGCCUGCCGAGGAAGUCCAAGUCUAGCGAUCCGCUCCGAGAGAUCUCCUUCCAGUUCCAAAAAAUUAAGAUACCUACAAAAUCCUCGUCCGCGGAAGCCGAUAUACCUACAUGCUUGCCGAAGGCCGCGAAGGGCUUCAACAGUCCCGGCGAAGUCUCGAACACACCUUACAUCGACUCGCGGAGCACCAGCAGCGGUACCUCCGAUAUGUCGGAUUACAUCGAAACCUUGUCAUUGUCGUCGCAUUCUUCGUCCGAUACCCCCGACAGCCUCAGAUUAGGAGGCAGAGCAGUGGCAACAACCCUCCGACCUCGUAGCGGCAAAGAAUAUUACAAGAUCGAUCGGAGUAUCUUGGUAGAGCAGGGGCGAAUUCUCACAACGGCAUCCGCCAACUAUGCAAAUAUCACUCCAGUAUUGGAAAAGAGCGAAUCACCGUCACCUGGUUACAUGAGCAGUUCACCCUUUGAGCAACCACAACCCACUCGUGAGCAUUUUCUAUUCCCUGAAGAAGCUUGAAUGUAAUGAUAUUGUUUGGGAAAAAGAGCUAAAAACUUGAAGUUCCUAGGAAUUCCAAACAGAAAUGAUUAAGGAUAUUCAUGGUAGAAAUUAUAAUUGGGGCAUUGUGUGUGUGACUAUUUACACUAUACGCGGAUAUCUGGGGUUACAGGCAUAUUCACGCGGAAUAUCUGUCAUUCGUCAGAUACCAAUAUCGUAGUUAAGCAUGCCAAAUGACCGUACCAAGUAAUCAAAAGGUUCAUAAUUCUAAGACGAUGAAGGCGCUCUUUAACCAAAAUUGUACGUUCGUUUUACCGGUGUUUUCGUAAAGUCUUCCUGUAAAGAGCACAAUCAUAAUCAAAAAGAAAAGUAUAUGAAACAUCAGUCUACAAAAAUCUAGGUACUAGCGUAUAGUCGAAAUAAUGUCAGUAAUCAAACACUUCCUACAACGACUCAAACAAUUUCUAAAAUAUGCUCAAUAAGAAACUAAUAGUUUGUAUAGUAAGAAUCCUGCCCUAGAGUAAAAAGAUAUGCAUCGUAUACUUUAUAUGGGUAUAUCGUUUUUUAAAUACUUUCUUAUUUUGUAUGAGUAUACUUCUAUAUAGACUAUUGUACAGUCAUCUCUGAACAAAAAAAUUUAAUGAGAUUGAUAACUUUUAUAGAGAGUUUCAAGUAAGGGUUCUUAAAAUUUCGUGGAUCCGCGAAUGGCGUUACAAAGCAUAUAAGAAAAUCGUAAUUUUAGAUCAUCAUUCUAGCUCUCGUAUCCCUUGAAAUUUCAAAAAUUGGAGAUAUGUCGAGUGCUGGGUUCGUAGACGUCAGAAAUGAAAACGUAUCUCCCGAGUUAGAAGUAUUAAGUGAUUUCGAUUGUGUGACAAAUCUUUCGAAAUAUCAAAUACACCACGAUUGUAGCACACGUAGAUUGUUCUAUGCUGUGAAGUUUUGAGAACUCGUAUUUGAAGGGUACAGUUAAAGACCAUUUGUUUGUACUGGUUGAUAAAGUAUUAUCUAUCCACAUUCUGUACAACCAAAAGAUGCGCUGAACAUAGUCAGUCGCAUAACAUUCACAGGGUUUUCAUACUUACAAGUUAUUUUUUAAAGAUUAAGAUAAAAUAUUACAGCCUUUAAUACGGUCUUCUUUCUAAUGAGACAACGCAUGGUAAAUAUACAUGAUAGUCUCUGGGCAAUCAAAGACGGCACUAUAUAUAGAUUUUAAACAAGUAUUUCUAAAUAAGAUUAAUGAAAUAUCUAAAGAUCUCUAAAGUUAUUUCAGAAUUUCGAUAUUUGCUAAUGAACGUUCCAUUAUAUAUUUUUAUGUAUUUACAUAUCUUUUUAUAUCGUUUAUUUUUUGCAUCACGCUCAUAUUUUACUAAAUAUCUUUUCGAUAUUAUGCAUGAUAAAAUAAUUUAAAUUGUAGAUGUAACCAAAUUUUGUCUUUUAUAUAUUAUAUAUGUUUUCUUUUUGUUAUAUUUAAGAUAUAUUUCAUAUAUUUACUUAUUUAAUUGUAAUUAUAAUACGUACACGCACAUUCAUAAAGAUUUUACCAAAAAUAUUUAUUUCUCUUUCAAUAGUGCGUGUCGCAUUUAAUGUAUUAGGUAUAAAUAGAUAAAAUAUCAAAUGAAAUAAUAUAUAUUUGGAGAGAAUCAUUAUUUCAAGUCUGAAAUUACGCGUACAUUAUUUUUAGUAUUUUUUAUGAAAAUAAAUGCCCUCAUUCAUAUGAGCGCAUUGUGUUAUUUUAAUUUCCUCUUGUUGUUUUUUUACUUUUUCGCAAGAGAAGAUUAUAUUAUAAUUAUUCAUGGAAGAGAAUACAGUCACAUAUAAUAUUACACGUACAGUGGAUAUAUCAUGCUGAGGAAGUUAACAUAAUAGUGAUAUUAAACGCAAUAAUAAAAACGUAGGAAUUAUACAUCAUAGAGUCGAGCUAGAUUACUUCAUACUGAGAUAUUAUUAAAAUACACACACACAGAAUUCUGUUUUAUAUUUAUUAUGCUGUCUGGCAAAUAAUCAAAUUAAUAUAUAGAAUCAAAAACACAAAUACAGAGGUCGUCGCUACUAUUAUCCAAAACAUUUCCGAGCAUUGAGAUUGUGGGACAAUACGUACUGUAAGAUGGAUCAUGAGUUGUGUCAGUAUUAGUUGCGUCUCAAUUGUACCACAAUACAAAGGCAUUGUACUUUUGAGAGAUUAGAAGUCUAUAAUUUUUGGCCUAUUAAACGUUACACGCGGAUUUCAAGAGAGAGUUCUUGGGUGGCCUAUGUAAAGUCGUGCUACUGCCAUAUUUUUAUCGCAUAUAUUAUACAUCGUAUUAUUCCUUAUCUAACGUGGAAUUGUUUCCUUCAGGCCAAACGCAACACCGUUUUCUAUAAGACUAGUUUUUACUCUUAAAGCUUUAUCUACUAAGCUUUAUCUUAAAGCUUUUUGUGUUCCAUGUACAUUGUACACUGUUACAAUAGCACUACCCGUACAGGUCUAUUGCAAUACGCAUUAAUUUAUAGAUUGAAGACACAUGGUGUUCUUUCGCACAACAUGUAUAGAUACGUGCAACUCAUUUUAUAGAAACUAAAAAUAUCGAGGUAGUAUUAUUACAAGACUGAAAAAUAGUUGGUGUAACGAGUGGUAGAGGAAUACCUGCAGCGCUAGAAUGUAUAAUUUACAUGUACAGGCCUACGUGCGCAAUCUGAAAUCAAUCAUUUGUAAAGCUCUCGGUUCUAUUUUGUGUCUAUUUUGUGGGCCCCUCGAGAAAAAUAUCAGUAUCACCUGUAACACCAAGCAACACGCAAACGAAGAUGUUCUUUUGGUCCUCUUGCUUAAAGUGUGUAUAGAGAAAUUAUACAGUAGCUUAACUAACAUAAAAUAGACAGUAGAAGCCUUAAUGAAGUACUGUAUACAAAAACGAUUUAUAGAAAGUGAUACGAAAGCACGAAUUGAAUUAAACAGCGAGGUUUGCGUAUAUGCAUUAGAUACCUAUUAGAUACCUUAUAACGUAAUGCUAACGUAAAACGCAAUUGUAUUUAUAUAUUUCUCUCAUCUGGGCUCUAGAACACAUCCCACGAAGUUUAUAGAUUGUAAUAUCAUAAAAAAAUGUAUUCAUAUAAGAUAGAGCCCCGUCAUCACACCCAAUGAUCUUGUAUGCGCACGUAUGUACACGCAUGCGAUAAUAGAAUUAUAUGCGCCUCCGCAAUUGAUUAUUGAAUGCGAACAUUCUUUUGUCUACGCAAAUCUGCCUACUGUACGAAUAAUUUUCCGUUAGUUUUUCGAUAAUUUUUUUAUGUUAAUCUCUGUGCAUCGCUAAUGUAUUAAAAUUUGUUUCAAACUUAGAGUUUGCAUCACUCGAUUGUGCGUAAUUGAUUAAUCGAAAGAUCUUUGCGUUUUAACUGUCGUGCGUGUGAAGUAGGAAGUCACUCGUAUAAACACAUACUAGUCAGGAAUCAAGUACUAUAUUGUAGUCAUAAUAUAUUUUUAUUGCAAAGAAACUAUAUAUUAUGCAUAGCCUAAAAAUUAAGCACAUGUCUAUUUAUUCCACCUUUGAAGUUGUAAUUUUAAUUUGGUAGAAUUAUGGACCAAGUAUCCGUUAACGUACAAGUGUAUGGGAGAGAAAUUCAAUCGUGUCUUUUGACUUGAUAAUUUGACCAAUGAUAUGAUAAAAAGCUAAAUAUUAAAUAAGCAUCUCGGCAUCGAUGCGACGAUAAAUCUUAUUAUUUUGCUUGCUCUCUCUUUUUAUUAUUUAAUAUUAAAACCGCAAUAUCUUGAUUUACUAUAUUUUAAUUAUUUCUUAGGAAUUGCUUCAAAUGAAUAAAUUAAAUGUACUUACGAAAGUAUAUUUUGAAAAAUUACAUGUGCUAGCUUUUUAAGCUAUAAGAAAUCAUAUCUAAGAAUUUACUAAUAUAUUGAGAUUAAUUAUAUAUAUAAAUAUAUAAAAUAUAUAUAUACUAUAUAGAUAUAAGUUUCGAAGGGUAUUACUCUAACGCUCUAUUCAUAAUCGAUGUACAUAGGUUUGAUGUAGCCUUAGUAUAUAUUAAAUCUUUUAUUUUGUGAUUCGAGAAUGAUGUCGGUAAAAGCGAAUUUCAAUUGUACAUAACAUGUAUCAUGACGGAAUGCGCUCAAAAUGUCUUCAACAAUUUUAUAUUAAAAUAAUAGUGAUUUAGUUACUCUGUGAGUACAUUUUAUAAUACAUUGGUAGACACGAUUAAUUGAAAUCACAUAAUAACACAAAACAAUUUUACAUUCUUAAUUUUCGCAAUUUUAUUAUUUAACGAUCAUGUUACAUUAUUUCAUUGUAUAUACGGUAGACAAAUAUCAAAAGUUAAGACUGGCAUUCUUCUGUUCCUUGUGUUAUUGGAUAUGAAAAGCGCUACUUUUAAAUAUACAAGUAACUUAAAUCAUUCCAAGUCCAAUCAUCUUCGACAUGAGCUUUUCAUAUCUGAUAUCGAUAAUCACUUCUACACAUCAGAUAUUUUAACUGAUGUUUCUUGGCGUGCAGUAGUGUGUACUUACAGAUAGAAUAUGAAAACCGUUAGAUGGUAGCAUUACAUGUCCGAAAGUGAAAAUCCAUUUUCUUUGACAAUCCGUUGUAGAAUGAAAUUCUCCUUGUGUUUUAAUAACACGGGAGAACUGUCAAAGUGCUGGUGCUUGCGUAUUGCGCUCGACCAUUCAUCACCUGUACGUCAGUUUUACGAAAACGAAAAGAAGGAUAUUUAGAGAAAUUUUAUGAGUUAAGAAGAAAAUUGUCCGUAAAAAAACUGAUUUUUUUCCUUUCUAUGCAUACAGAAGCUUAAGAAAAAUCUGUACUGAUGGCAAAACUUAAUUUCUCAAAUAAUUUAUCAAUGGUCUCUCAAAUCUGAUUCGUUAAAUUUCUUUAAAACUUUUAUUUGGAACUUGUGGAAUCAUUUAUCUGAUUAUGUAUUAGGUAAAUAAUAUCAUGAAAAUAUCAAUAAUAAUAAUAUUUUACUUUUUACUUAAAUUGUGAUGGUCCUAUAUCUUUAUUAGAAGCGUAAUUAUUAUAAUAAUGUAAGUAUUAAUUAACAAACAUUGGUUACCGAUAAUAGAUACAAUAAAAAUUGUGGUAAUUUUCUAUCAAGAUAUUCGUGAGUUAAAAUCAGAUUGAUCUCAAUUUCCACUUUUAAUAAACUAUCAACUGCUGUUUGUAUAUACUUUUUGUGAUGUGUAAUUUGCACGCAGAAAGAUCCAUGAUAUAAUAUAUAGAACAGAUACAGUAUUCUAAAAUGCGCUUUCAGAGGACAAGUGAAACUUCUUAACUCUGUUAUCAAGAGAUUGAACAAAAUAUAUAAAGACCUUCUUUAUUCUCUGAAAUUAAUAUAAUGAUAUCGUCACUGCGCCAUCCUGCAAGACCGUAAGAUGAGUGAAAUGUAAUAAUAAGUAACGACUAAUGGAGCUUAUACACCAGAUUCUAGAACGCAUUUCAUGAAAAAAUAAAAUUAUUUACUCUGAGAUUUUUUGUAAUCAUGAUAAGCGAGAAUAAGUGAGAAUGACGAAACUGAUAAAAUUAUUAUAAUGCGCCAUAAGUAAAUUAUAACUCGUACACACAAUUCGUAGUAGCUGAAAUCAUUGAUCUACUAAGAAAGUAGAAGAAAUAAAGAAUUUGAAAAAUAACUCU